UUCAGUUAGAUAUUGUAUUCUUUGUAAAUUAUUUCGUAGUUUAUAGUAGAAAUAUUCAUAUGGUAGCGUAAGUAGGUCUAUCUCAUACGUCGUUUGUGCUCGUAGCAGCACGCAAAGAGUUUCUCUCUUAAAAUAGUUUAUGUUGCGAAGAAUCUGUCAAAAAACUGUGACAGCAUGGAACGUAUUUGUAAUCAUUGAGAUUGUUAAUACCGGAAACAGUUGACGAACCUUUUAUCAAUAAUACCAUUAUGUCGGGAUUAAAGGCUGAUAGUAAUAAGGAUGAUGAUUUGAAGAGACAAGGUUCGUUUAGGAAAUUAUUACCUUUGAAUACGAAUGGAGAUUCUCAACUGAGUAUGUCUGUAAAAAUGAUCGAUAGGCCAACCGUUUCGCAAACAAAUAAAGAGUAUGCAGUUCAUUUGCAAGAGUACAACAUUUUAUCCGAAUACAAUAUGUUGUGUUCACAAGACCUGAAAGGCAUUUAUGUCAUACCAUCUGCACAAAACUCCAUGUUGUGGUUUGGGGUACAAUUUGUUCGACAAGGAAUCUAUCAAGGAGGUGUCUUCAGAUUUACUAUUACCUUACCGCCAAAUUUUCCAGAUGCAGGAUGCCCUAAAGUCAUAUUUCAAACUCCAGUUUUUCACCCCUUAAUUGAUCCUGAAUCUGGAGAGCUCUGCACAUCAUGGGGAUUUCCAGAAUGGAGAAAAAGCAAUAGAGUUUGGCAACUAAUACAAUUUAUUACAAAAAUACUCACUAAAGUAGAUAUUAAAAUGAAUCCCAUAAACCAGGAAGCAUCUAUGUUAUUAGAAAACAACUUUGAAGAAUUUCGAGAUCGCGUAAAGAACUGUGUGAGGGAAAGUUUAAACAAAGUUUAUAGUCCACCUAUGGUAGAUGAUCCUCAUUACAUAGCUUUUGGUCCAUAUAUCAGUGAGCUUCAUGACUCCAUUAAACGAGAAAUUUAUGAACCUAAGGAGGAGGAAGAAAACAAAGCACUGGGGUUAUCAUGGGUACAGCCAGGUUCUGUACAACCAUUCUCAAAGCCUGAAGCAAGAUAAUAACAAACUGUAUUAUAUGAAAUGCAAUAAUGAAACUUCGUAUGUCCUUAUAAAAUAAAAGAACUGUACAAUUUACGGAUGCAGGGACAAAACUCAAUGUAUUUUUGUAUUAGGACAAAUUAAGGAAUUGUAUAUUAAUCUAUAUAACAUCUAUAAUACUCUUGUAUUUAAUUAAGUGGAAAAUAUAAUAAUUAAUUUAUUA